AUGGGGGGUUUAAUACUGCUCCUCACGCUCUGCGUGGUGAUGGCGAUCGCCUCAUUCCUUGCCGGCGCGGUACCACUAUCCAUGUCGCUCACCCAGUCACAACUUCGAUUCGUCUCGAACAUUGGCGUGGGAAUACUAGUAGGGACAUCAAUGAUAGUGAUUAUACCAGAAGGCAUCGGCGCCCUCAUGCCUCAUCCGGGAGCGAGCCACUCCCACAAGGUGAGGUCCGUUGACUCAAUAUCAGCCAUUGCUGCGAGAUCUCCUCUUGAAAUCGCGAUCAGUGGAGAUAUACCGACAGUAAAUUCACACUCGAGACCGCGAGAAUCGCUUUCGAGCCGCUCCGAGGACGACGACUUUGAUGACCGAUUCGACCACUCCCACGAUCCCGAUCCCGAUCCCGAACCCGCGCCCGAGCCUGCGCCCGAUCAUAGCCAUGAUGAUACCUCGAGUCCGCCGCCGCCUGGACCUCCAAUUCGCGAGGAAGUCCAUUUCGAGCUCCCGACGUUCGCAAUUGGCUUUUCCAUGAUCCUCGGCUUCAUUCUCAUGUUCUUGAUCGAUAGGCUACCCAAACACGCUGCGGGCAACCAACCCGCAUCUCUAGCGAGGGACAUCCGCCUCGAUACACUGUCAAUCUCGCCCUCGGGAUCGCAUAACGAUGAAUCAGGUCCAUUCAUUGGGAUCAUGGGGCCAUCCCAUGAGCAUUCAAAGAGUAUGGCGACUACAACUGGUCUGGUGAUCCAUGCGGCUGCCGACGGUAUCGCCAUGGGAGCAUCGUCUAGCACAUCGAAUACUCGCCUUGGCUUUAUUAUAUUCAUUGCCAUCAUGGUUCAUAAGGCGCCUGCUGCGUUUGGCCUUACAUCGGUGUUACUGCGACAGGGUCUCUCUAAGCGGGCGGCUAGGGCUCACCUGCUUGUCUUCAGUCUCGCAGCGCCCGCAGGUGCCAUCGCAACAUGGUUCCUUAUCACUAUACUGGGGGGUUCUAACCUAGAGGGCGAGAACGGACAGUGGUGGACGGGUAUGCUGCUACUUUUCUCCGCCGGCACAUUCCUAUACGUCGCGAUCCACGCCAUGCAGGAUGAAGGCCACUCUCAUGAUGAGCAGCCUGUCAUGAACGGUUACGGUAACACUCCUCAACCUAAGGGACCCGAACUGCGCGACACACUUGCCAUAGUGGGUGGCAUGUUGCUACCUCUUUUGACUCACAUCGGCCAUCACCAUUGA